ACCAGCUGUUACUUGACUGUACCAGCACUGUGUAAUCGUGCAAUAUGGCCACGAGCACUGUGACUCUCGACAAAGCCUAUUUUGAGACUCUGCUGCGAAGGGCUCAAUUUCAUACUGGCGGUGUGGAUUUUACAACUCCUGUUCACGUUCCUACUGUGACAAUUCCAAAAGCCGACCAUGAUAGCCUCUUGAUCUCUGCUCGACAAUAUGCCAACCUUCGACGGAACCUCUACAGAGGCGGCAUUGCUGAAGAAACUCUUACUAUCUUGAUCAAGGAUGACGGCCCGGCGAACGAGAAUGGCGGCACGACAAUCCGCUCUGCAGUUGACGAGACAUCGGAUGGUGGAGCCUUUCUACAACCACAGAGUGCGACGAAUAUGCAAGCUGCAAGUGGGCAGGACUACACUUUUGGACGGAACUCGAACUAUACCCCUCGAAGCGACCUGCGACCAAAGGAUACAAAUGGCUUUCAUACACACUCACAAAUAAACGACGACUUUGCAUUUAUGCCAGAGGGUACCGAUGGAUUUUAUGAUGGAGCAAGCGGAAACAAUGACUCCCAACCUCGGUUUCAGCGCCAACAAUAUGAUAAAUUCGCCAAACGAACUAUCCUGCUUGCCAAUCUCCCCGAGGGCGUCACCCAUACCGAUAUUGCGGAUGUUGUCAGAGGUGGGAUGCUGUUGGAUAUCUACGUUCGCACCCAUGAUCGUACUGCAAGCGUAUCUUUCCUAGAAGAGGCUGCAGCUCAUGACUUCUUCCGCCAUGUCAAGCGUCAUGACCUCUAUAUACGUGGAAAGAGGGUUGAGAUCCGUUGGAACGAUCGUCAAUUCAUCUUGCCAGGGCAUGUUGCCAACAAGAUAGCUAUUGGUGCUACCAGAAACUUGGUUAUCCAAAAUCGUUCUCCAAAGCAUACCGAGGACCUCAUCCGGGACGAUCUCGAGCACAUCCACAAUCUUGUUGUCAUCAAGGUCAGCUUCAGUGGCCAGAAUGCUUAUAUUUCCACCAAUUCUGUCCACAAUGCUAUGUUUGCUCGUACUUGUAUGAUGAGUCGCGCUACCUACAAAGGCUCCAAGAUCGAGUGGGACAACGAUGAGUGUGCGGCUCCCCUGGACAGGCCUGUGCUAGCCCGCAAGGAGAACCUCCCCGCAAAGAAGAAAGAUGCCCCGUUGAUGAAUCGCUUCCAGCUCCUGAACAUGGAUGGCGACGACGAUUCUGAAGAUGGUGAACAUGACACCAGUGGCAUUUCCUUACCUACUGCCAUGACUUCGUCGACUCUCGGCGUCGUUGCUUGAACUAUCACCUUGAAAAAUCGAUUAUCGGCUGUUGCUUGACUCAACAAAAUACUGUUAUUGGCCCCUGUACGGAUUACUUUUUAAGCUGUGUCUGUGCUACUUUCCUUGCAGGUCAGACUUUGGACCUUGGAGUUGGUUGGGCGUCUAUGGGUCGUGGAAGGAGCCAUGUGCUGAUACCCCACGCUUGUCCGUCUGUUCUUCAUAAUACCGAAUACCCUAAAAUUGCAUUUUGCUUCCUGCUGCUGGGAGGGGAUAUUCUAGGCGACGAGAGGCAUUCUCUGUAGAUGUUGACAUCACCAUGAGCAGGGUAGUAGAUGGGUCAAAGACAUGGAGAGCGUGUUGAUAGUGGGGAGACAAACAGAGAUGAUUUCCAGCUUCUGGAC